UGUUGCUGGGGGCGGUAAUGUCAGAUACGCAUAAUAUAAUGGGGGAGCUACAAAUCUCCAAUUUUUAUGAUGACAGGGGCAUAGUUGUCCACCCCAAAUUCAGACAGUUAGGAAUCGCGAGAGAAUUUCUAAAGACUAGAUGUCUGGCUUGCGUGAUAAACAAUGUUCCGGCCACCGGUGCUCUCAUGACCUGCAUCGCUACUCAGAAGGCUGCUGAGAAAGACAAAUGGGAGACAGUCCUGAAGGUGGACCUACAGGAACUUGGCCGUAACCACGGCGUGACCUUCGAAGAUGGCGGCGUCAGCAAACUUAUGAUCUGGAAAAACCCGCAAUAUAAACCCCUACAAACUUUGUAAUCUUA